CUGAGUGCCAGCCGCCUGCAGCCAACCGCCGUUCUCAACCUUCCGCGGGCGGGCGGAGGCGCCGCGGCCGCCGCGGGGGAGGAGCAGCAGCAUCAGAAGGCCGGCGGCCGCCGCGCAGGGCACAUGGCGUCCAUUUUACUGAGGAGUUGCCGCGGCCGGGGGCCCGCCCGCCUCCCGCCGCCCCGCGCCGCCGCUCCGAGGGGUGUUCAGGUACAGAGUGCCUGGGGAGGAUCUGGAGAUGGGGCAGGGAGGAUCCUGCCUGGAGCAGCGUAGCGGGUAGACCCCAGAGAGCCUGGUGUCCUGGAAGCCAGGUGAAGAAAGGUCGUGCGGGGGACGGUGCCUGCCUCAGUUGUGCCAGCACCGCGGGGCUGACGGGCUGCGUGAGACUUCCGUUUGGCGGCUGCAGUCCCGUCCACCCCGUGUGCCUUUCCUCGCGAGGCGAUCCCCUCGGCCGCUGGGCUCUGAGGCCCCGGCACACGUGCGUGGUGGUCGCAGCGCCGAGGUUCCUUCCUGUGCGCUGCUGGCGCUCGUCGCCCCCGCUGGGCGAUGACUCCGUGGUGGAGAAGUCCCUGCGGUCCCUAAAAGACAAGAACAAGAAGCUGGAAGAAGGCGGCCCCGUGUACAGCCCCCCCGCAGAGGCGGCCGGGAGAACGCCGCUGGGCCAGCGGGCCCUGGGCGAGCUGAAGCACUACUACCACGGCUUCCGCCUGCUCUGGACCGACACCAAGAUCGCCGCGCGCACGCUCUGGCGCAUCCUGCACGGCCACAGCCUGAGCCGCCGAGAGCGCAGGCAGUUCCUCCGGAUUUGUGCCGACCUCUUCCGCCUGGUGCCCUUCCUGGUCUUCGUGGUGGUGCCCUUCAUGGAGUUCCUGCUUCCUGUUGUCGUAAAGCUCUUCCCCAACAUGUUACCGUCCACGUUCGAGACCCAGUCCAUCAAGGAGGAGAGGCUGAAGAAGCAGCUGCGGGUCAAGUUGGAGCUGGCCAAGUUUCUUCAGGACACCAUCGAGGAGAUGGCCUUGAAGAACAAGGCAGCCAAGGGGAAUGCCACCAAAGACUUCUCCGUGUUUUUCCAGAAGAUCCGAGAGACGGGUGAGAGACCCAGCAACGAGGAAAUCAUGCGGUUUUCCAAACUGUUUGAGGACGAGCUGACCCUGGACAACCUCACGCGCCUGCAGCUGGUGGCGCUGUGCAAGCUGCUGGAGCUGCAGUCCAUGGGCACCAACAACUUCCUGCGCUUCCAGCUCACCAUGCGGCUGCGCUCCAUCAAGGCCGACGACAAGCUGAUCGCUGAGGAGGGGGUGGACAGCCUCAACGUCAAGGAGCUACAGGCGGCGUGUCGGGCGCGAGGCAUGCGGGCCCUGGGCGUCACGGAAGACCGUCUGCGGGACCAGCUGAAGCAGUGGCUGGAGCUGCACCUGCACCAGGAGGUCCCGACGUCGCUGCUCGUCCUGUCCCGGGCCAUGUACCUUCCUGACACCCUCUCGCCCGCCGACCAGCUCACGUCCACCCUGCAGACCCUCCCGGAGAUUGUGGCGAAGGAGGCCCAGGUGAAAGUGGCCGAGGUGGAGGGCGAGCAGGUGGACAACAAGGCGAAGCUGGAGGCCACGCUGCAGGAGGAGGCGGCCAUCCGGCAGGAGCAUCGCGAGAAGGAGCUGCAGCGGCGGUCCCAGGCUGCGGUGGCGAAGGAAGUGGAGCCUGAAGUGGUGGCAGAAGGUGCCCCCGGGAGGCUGGUGGCCGAGCCGCAGCCGGAAAAGCCUGAUGUGACCCUGCCGUCCGAGGCCCUGACGGACAGCGCGCCCGUCCUGGAAGGCUUGAAGGAAGAGGAAAUAACUCAGGAGGAAAUUGACAUACUCAGUGAUGCCUGCUCGAAACUGAAGGGGCAGAAGAAAUCCCUGACGAAGGAGAAGGAGGAGCUGGAGCUGCUGAAGGAGGACGUCCAGGACUACAGCGAGGACCUGCAGGAGAUCAAGAAGGAACUUUCAAAGACUGGCAAAGAAAUCUACGUGGAAGAGUCUAAAGCCAGCAAGAGGCUGACGAAGCGGGUACAGCAGAUGAUCGGGCAGAUCGACAGCCUGCUCACGCAGCUGGAGGCCGACCAGAAGGCUGGCAGGCUAGGCCCGGCCGCCGAGGGCGCGCCUGCGGGGGAGACCGUCAUCAGCGUCGCUGAGCUCAUCAGUGCCAUGAAGCAAAUCAAGCACAUUCCCGAAAGCAAGCUCGUCAGCUUGGCCUCGGCCCUGGACGAAAAUAAGGAUGGCAAGGUCAACAUCGACGACCUUGUCAAGGUGAUCGAGCUGGUGGACAAAGAAGACAUUCACAUCUCCACCAGCCAGGUGGCUGAGAUCGUGGCCAUGCUGGGGAAGGAGGAGAAGGUGGAGGAGAAGGAGAAGGCCAAGGAGAAAGCCGAGAAGGAGGCCGAGAAGGAGGCCGCGGAAGUGAAGAAUUAGGGCCCGCCUGGCUCUCAGGUGCCUUGGUGGCCCUUCGUGCGUCUGCCGCAGCAGUCCUAACGUGAUGGUGAUUGCUCUGAAGUGAUGCUUAGAGACAGGUCUAAUAUUUUGUCUGGAAUAAAUCAGAAACUUCAUAAUCA